UUAUCAACAGAAAUAUUAAUCGAACAUAACGAAAUACAUGACCAGAAAUCUCCGGAACUGCCGAAACCAAGAAUCGGGACCGUGGUUGCCUCGCAGAGCCAUGAAAAUACAACAUGGCUACCGACGUUCUUUUCUGAAUGGAACCAUAACAUAUAUGCAGCCGAUCAGCCUAGCGCUACACUUUCAGUACCCAAGAACAAAGGCAGAGAGGGCAUGACUUACUUGACUUUCAUUAUCAACAACUAUUCGUCUUUACCAGAAAUCGUCCUUUUCUUGCAUGCUGAGCGAUACCAAUGGCACAAUGACGAUCCUUUGUAUGAUGGUGUACGAACACUGUCGCGACUGCAACUACCUUACGUCCUCGAGCAAGGAUACGUUAACCUUCGCUGCGUUUGGACUCUAGGAUGUCCGAAUGAAAUACACCCACUGGAGAAUCCUGUUGAUGAGAUAACGAGCGACACUUCUACCAGUCAAGUCUAUGCCGCUGCAUUUCGGGAGCUCUUUCCAGGCACACCCGUUCCUGAGAACAUUGGUGUGAGCUGCUGCGCACAGUUUGCAGUAACAAGAGAGACCAUAUUGAAACGACCCAUAGAGGACUAUGAGAGAUUUCGACGUUGGCUACUCGAAACGGAACUCGAAGAUGGGUUGAGCGGACGAGCCUUGGAGUAUUCAUGGCAUAUCAUAUUCGGGAAAGAGGCCAUCUUUUGUCCAAGAGCAGAUCACUGUUAUUGCAAAGUCUAUGGUCUAUGCGACCUAAACUGCGACGAAGAAGGCAAGUGUCGUGAGCAAUACACAUUACCACCGUACUCGACUCUCCCUCAAGGUUGGCCUUGGUAUGGCUGGGACGGCCAGUGGCAGAACGCCAGCGCAAUGUGA